AUGCAAGCUCCUGGCAUUGACUUCCGUGGAGACACGAAGCCAAAGGUUGGAAGUCCUCUCCCACCAGGAGAUAAACAUGCCGUCAGUGUGUACAUCCCAACAUGGAAAGACACAGUAGCUUGGGCUAGGCGAGACCCGGAAUUAAUAGCACAGUUGAAAACUGGCUAUCCUCGAUUCUUCGUCCCUCUUGUUGUCGAUCAGCUUGCCGAACGGUUGCUAGAAUGGGCUUUUUGCAAUCGAAACCCGAAUACACUGACAUCCGAGCUAAGCACCAUAUUAUCGACAACCGGACGAGCAGCGAUACUAUUACCAGCAGGCCAUCAUGCAAGAAUGUGUCAGAGGUAUCUAGACGCUCAGAACAUGGGGGCGACGUUUGUUCUGAAAGUUGACUUCAACAACGGGACACAUAUCAUGAAAACCCCAGAGAAGACAUGCAAUUUGAACGAAAUCUACGCAGUAGUAUACCCGUCGGAACUGGCCAAAGAUGCAAAGGCAUUCUGGCAACAUACAGGCUUCGGGGUGUCAAGCCGAAGAGCCACAUCUUGGUUGGAAGACGCCCCUUUUCUGAACCAAGACAGUAGUUCAUCGGCGACUGAUCUUCCGAAUCAAGACGCUGAAACUGCCAAGCUUGUGGUGCAACAAAGGAUCGCAGACUUGCUCAGCACCGAGACCAACAGCUUGGACGUUGAUGAUGUCUUCUUAUACCCGAGUGGCAUGUCUGCCAUCGCCCAUACUGCGGAUACUGUUCGGUAUUUCACUACACCUACAAAAAGAACUGUGGCAAUAUUUGGAUUCCUCUAUGUUGAUACAUUCAAAGUCCUCAGCAAAAUCUACGGUUUCGACUGUAAACUCUAUGGCGCUGCCCCAUCCGACUUGGAGGAGCUCGAGGCCGAUCUAGCCAGCGGACUACAGCUGAGCGCUCUCUUUACCGAAUUCCCAGGCAAUCCACUUCUGGGCUCUGUAGACUUGGAGCGAUUACAUACACUUGCGGCUGAACAUGAGUUCUUAUUUGUGGUAGACGACACAGUGGCUACAUCAGUAAAUGUUGAACUGGUAUCCUACUGCGACGUUGUCUGCACGAGUUUGACAAAGAUGUUCAGCGGCAGCUGCAAUGUCAUGGGUGGAAGCAUAGCCUUGAACCCACAAUCGAGGCUCUUUUCGACUAUGAAAGAUCUUUUGAAGGAGGGGUUUACUGAUACAUACUUCCCCCUGGACGCUAUCGUUAUGGAAAAGAACAGCGCCUAUUUUGAAGAACGAGUCAUCACAGCAAGUCAAAACGCAGAACGUGCAGCAGACACACUCCGAGGCCAUGCCUCAGUUGACCAAGUCUACUACCCCAAGGGCAACCCUACGCAGGAUAUCUACGAGAAAUACAAACGACCAGGGGAAGGAUACGGAUACCUACUCUCCAUCCGUUUCAAGACUCCAGAAGCUGCGAUAGCGUUCCACGAUGCUCUAGACGUGGCCAAGGGUCCAAGCUUGGGAACCAACUUCACUCUAUGUUGUGCGUAUACACUAUUCGCACAUUAUUCCGAGCUUGAGUGGGCGGCUAAGUUCGAUGUGGUUGAGCAUCUGGUCCGGAUCAGUGUGGGAAUUGAGAGCCAAGAGUCUCUCGAAGUGAUUUUGAGGACAGCUUUAGACGCUGCUGCACAGGCGGGCAAAGAUUAUAAGGAACAUGGGCAUAUCAACAGAAAGCUGUGA